AGGCGGCCCACCUUUCCAAACCCGAGUCAGUAUUUGCUCUGUCGCUAUUUUGUGGAGGCUUUUGGUUGCACAUACCACAAGAACCAAUGCACCUUUGCCAGAAGUGAUGAGGAAGCUGCAGUGUGGAACUUUGUAAACUGUCACAGAUUAGACCACAUGUUUCUCUGUAGUGUUACAACUCCGUCGGGGAGAGGAUCUGAUCAGCCUGACAACUCUGAACCUCUGGGUGACCUCUUGACAGCACUAGAUUUGAAGGCUGUCUGUGAUCUGUGCUCUAUCAAGGACAAAGAAAUAACAUACACAGUGCAGUCAGUUAGUCACAAGUGCAGUAGAAAUCUGCUUUUAGCCAAAGCCAAAGCCUCAGACCUGUGGAGGCCUGUCUCUGAGCGGCCUACAUUUGGAUACUUUGGUCGAAAUGUCCUUUACCAAAUGUGUAACUUCUUUGUUGAGGGUUCUGGAUGUACACUACAUGGACAGGGAUGCACUUAUGCCAGAAGCUCUGAGGAAGCCUCUGUAUGGAACUAUAUAAGAGACAACAAAAUGGAUAAAGAUGAAUUAAUCAGACUUUUAACUGAGUCCGAGCCUAUUUUGUCAACACCGGAAAGUGCAGCGGAAAGCAUACUUCAACAGUUUUCAGGUGAAUUCGUCGAAUUCUGUAAAGUCUGCUUUCAUGAUCGUCCACCAAAACUAACAGCCAAAAGGUGGAAUGCAACUUGCUCAGCAGAUGAAGCACACAACUGGGACCCAGUCUUAGUUUAUCACCCGUCAGAGAACAGUAGAAAGCACAUCUACAGCCAGGUGCGUCCUCUUCCACAAAACUGUCAGUUUAAGUACUGCAGUCGUGUUACACAAGACAAGCCCCGUUGGCAUGAGGCCGGCCACUGCCAGUCUGCCCAUAGUGAGGUGGAGAUGGCAGUGUGGAAGGCAGAGUACAACGGGUUCUCUGUUCGGCCACAUCUCCUUCAGUUGAGCCAGCCAGAGCAGACGGAAGCCAGACACGUCACCAUGUACUGCAAGGUUUGCCUCCUGGUCCUGUCCUCCCCAGAGAGCUUCUACAAGCACUGCUCUUCUGUGGAUCAUGCCCAGUUGCUCUCUGAGGACACCAGCACUGAGUGGAGAGGACGACAGCCUCCACACAACCGCCGAGCUGAGUUUUGGCUGUGUGAGAGAACACAAACUUGUGAGUAUGGCAUCAAGUGCCCAAAAGCUCAUUCUGUGGAAGAACUACAGGAGUGGAUGAUGCGUGCUGCAGAAGAGAAGAUCAGACAUAACACUGAAGCCCAGGGUCCUAUGUCCUAUAAUGAAAGGCUCUUGGAGGAAUACAAAAACAGCAGUAAUGAAGUGCACAUCAUAUCUGAACAAGUUGAUGAUGUCAGCAUCUCCUGUGAUGAAGAUUUAACUGUGGAAAGUGAGCAGAUCAAAGCAACACUGAAAUGGAUUUUCCGAGUUGAAACAGAGAGACAGCUUGUGCACGUGGCACUGCUGAAAGAAGAACCAGGAGCUGCAUUCACACUUGGUGACAUCAGUUCUGUAAGCUGCAUCUACUCCUCCGGUGACUACUUUCUUAACGAAGACACGACCUAUGUCAUCACUGUGUCUUUCACAUCCGUCAACCCGGGCCUGUAUGAACAGUGGUUAGUGCUAGAUUUUGACAUGAGACCAGUACUAGUGAAGAAACUCAGAGUAAGAGUUGGCCAGCUGUCACUGGAUGACACUGAAAAACCAACUGUGAGCAAUGGAGCCACCUUUCAAAGAGCUGAGCGUUGGAAUCGAUGGAACAGAGUUAUCAUCCCAUGUUUGUCCAGGACAGAAGAACAGGAAGAGCUGUUAAAACAGUACAAGCCUCCUCAGAUUAGCUUUCAAUAUAAAUCCUCCAACAACAGCCCAACACCUCUGAAUACUGAGAACUACAAAGAGAGAAUGCACCUCUUCCUGUAUAGUGAGGAACAUGCAGAGGACCAGGUUGUUUCAAGACUAAAUUUUUGUGGAGAAGUUACAACACUGGAUACAUUGAACAGUACACAGUUUGGCAUGAGGAUGGCUCCUUGGGGAGAACUAUUCUGUGCUGUCUCCAUUCCUUGUAAUCUCACACCUGACACCCCUGAGGGACUGGUACUAAGACGAAGCAUCCACUCUGGCCUAAUAGCCCCUUUAUCUUCAAGUGGUCGGCACUCCAAGGUCUAUGAGGCCAUAAUUUUGCAAGACAAAACAAGUGAGAAAAAAAUGUAUUUGCAACUUUCUAAAAAAUGUUGCUCUGAUCUUACACUCAAAAGCAAUGAAUCACAUCAAAUGGAGGUGCAGUUUCAGCUGAACCGUCACAGCUUCUGCACCAUGCAUAAGGCUGUAGACCUCCUUCCUGAUACAAACAGAGUGUUACCAGACCUUAAAAACUGUGUAGUUCCUGUGAAUAACAUCCACUAUGAGAACCUGAAUGCAAAGCAGCAGAACGCAAUUAACUUCAUAAUGGGGAAUUCCAAUGUCCAAGAAUUUGUGGCACCACUUCUUGUUUAUGGACCAUUUGGAACUGGGAAAACAUUCACCCUUGCUACAGCAGCCAGAGAGCUUUCUAAGCAGCCUCACAACAAAGUGCUAAUUUGCACCCACACCAACAGUUCUGCAGAUCUGUAUGUCAGAGAUCACUUCCAUCCAUUCAUCAACAAGAAAAAUUAUGGAAUAAGGCCAAUUCGAAUAAAAGCAAACAAUCAAGGGAUUGCUUUGUUGGCCACAGACGAGAUUACUUUGAAAUACUGUUUUCUUUCAGAAAAUGGACAGUAUUUUCUACCACCCACAAGAGCUGCCCUAGAUUCCCACAAAAUAGUCAUAACCACCACAACAAUGGCAAGACAUUUUCAUGACCUAAAGCUCCCAGAGGGAUACUUCACCCACAUUCUAAUCGAUGAAGCCUCUCAGAUGCUAGAAUGUGAAGCCUUGAUGGCCCUUGGUCUUGCUGGGCCAAACACCAGAGUUGUUUUAGCUGGAGAUCACAUGCAAAUGGGACCCAAGCUCUUCUCAGUGGAUGAUCAUCACCAUUCAAAUCACACACUGCUUAAUCGCUUGUUCCACUACUAUCAGGGCCAGAAGUGUGAUGCUGCCCAUAACAGUAGAAUCAUUUUCAGUGAAAACUACCGCUCAACCAAAGAAAUUGUGGAUUUUGUAUCCACCCAUUUCUACAUCGGUAAGAUUGAUGUUAUCAAAUCUACUGGAAAUAUUCCAGCCCCUGCAAAUGGCCAUGCCCUAAAGUUUCAUCAUGUUAGGGGAGAGUGUCUCUUGGACACUUUAUCUAUGUCUUGGUAUAAUAAAGAAGAGGUUGCCAAAGUGGCUGAAGCAGUGAAAGAAAUUCUCGAACUCUGGCCAUUGACCUGGGGGUCCAAGGACCAAAGCUCAAUCUGCGUUCUAUCAGUGGGGGUUCAGGUUCGGAAAAUUAGGACAGCACUUUCGAGAAGAAGCCUCACUAAAGUCCAUGUUGAGAAUCUAGCAAAUGUGCAAGGAAAACAGUUCAGGGCAGUCAUAAUGACAGCUGUACAAACACGUGACAGUCUAAAAACAUCUCACCAGUCUGGUCAUGAGCUGUUCAAUGAUGCCCGUGUGUUAAACACUGUGAUGACUAGGGCUCAGUCCCAGGUGGUUGUGGUUGGAGAUGCUGCUGCCCUUUGUUGCUUUGGGAAAAGCUCAGGAAUCUGGAAGUGCUACAUAGACCACUGCAUCAGCAACAACAGUAUUACACCACAGCAUUUCACCAAGGAUUUCUUUGAAAAAGAUGUUAAGGAAACUGUAAGGUUUCAAAUAUCUGAGCAUGUGGAUGAGGGCAACGCUCUCAAUGAUGCAAUUCUUCAAGAGUUGAAAGAUGACUAUGAACAGCUGCGAGCAGAAUAUACUUUCAAUGGCAACAGUUUGGAAUUUGAAGGGUUCGAUCACCACAACUCAAGAUCAUCAAACAAUAUCACUGAUGUUGACACAGACCUUUCAGAGUUAUGUGACAAACAACCAGAGAUGUUCAAGCGAGGAAAGUUGGUCAGGGAGUCAUAUAAUAGAGGUUAUGUCAUACCAUUUGAUAACCCCACCAGACCUAUAAGCAUCGACGGCAGGGCAAACCUGGGUAGGGCCUUCACUGGAGAUGAAGUUGUCUUACAAACGGCAAGGGUGGUCAGCAUCACCAAGAAAGCUGAAUCAGCCCGUGUACUUGUGUGUCUGCUUGAGGAUGAGGAUCACAACAAACCAAGAAAGAUUUCUACAGACAAAUUUAUCAAAAGGAUUAUGAUGCCCAUUACAAAAUCCGAGCCCAAAGUAUGCAUACUGAUCAGCAAGAAAAAACGUAACUUAAUUCCAAUAUGGGAGCAAAUUAAUGGACAGUGGAGGAUUGCAGCAUAUGAACGUCUUGAUGAAAAGCUGAAACAGAACAGUGUGUUUAAGGUGCAAGUGAUUGGAUGGAAAGAAAAUUGUUCUUUUCCACUGGGGAACGUCAUAGAUGUUCUUCCAGUCGGAAAAUCAUUGGUUGAUGGACUAAUGAUCCUGAAUGAAGAAUUCAAAGUUACACCCAAUAGAUGUAAAUCAGAUGAGGGUAUCUCACAGGCAGAGGAAGAUGGGACACAGAGACAGGACAUACGCAAGGUAAUCACUUUCACUGUUGAUCCAGCAGGAGCAAAAGACUUGGAUGAUGCCAUCAGUGUCAGGGACAUUGGAGACCAAUUUGAAUUGGGAGUCCAUAUUGCAGAUGUGGCAAGCUUUGUGAGACCAGGUGGUAAAUUAGAUGAGUCCGCAAAACUACAAGGGGUUACAUAUUACCGCGGUGGGGAAAAACCCAUUCAUAUGUUCCACCAAGGCUUGAGCACUGGAUGCUUCAGUCUUCUGUUGGGUGAAGAUCGCAGGGCAGUUUCAUUAAUUCUCAAAGUAAACAAGCAAACAAAUGAGAUCAUUGGAAAGCCCACAUUCCAGAUGUCACUAAUCAACUCUAAUAAGCAGUUGUCUUAUGAAGAGGCAGAGGACAUGAUCUCCAAAAAAUGUGGAAAGAGACCUAAGUUUGAUACAGUAGAAGACUGUGUUGCAGUGGCUUACUGUUUUGCAAAAGCUCAAAGGAAGAUCAGACUUGUGGAUUGGGCUUAUUCUCAACCUGAUGCUAAGAGACUGCCUGGAAAGCGCAAAGCCCAUCUGAUGAUUGAAGAGCUGAGUGUGUUAUUCAACACACUUGCAUGUGAGACUUUGAUUGGUUCAGAAAAAACCAGGUAUUACACACCACUUCGCUGUCAGGCAAAACCAAGUCCUGAAAUGGUAGAAGAAUUCAAGAAGAAAUGCAGAGAAUUCAUACCUCUGUCUUUUCAUGUGCGGCAUAAAGUUGACCAUGAUAAACAAGUCCCAAACUGUGAAAACUUCCGCAUACUCACAGAAGUGUGGAAAGAUAUCCAGUCAGCUGCCAGAACCAAUGAUAUAGACAAAAUGGUGGACCUGGUUGCUGCAGAUGACAUCCACCCUCUACUCCAGCCAGUUGUUCAUCAGUUCAGAAGGUGCUCUAGUAAAGCUUAUGUCAUAUGUUCCAACUCAUCUCCUGAAGCAGAGGUUGGGCAUUUUUCUCUGAAUGUAAAAUCUUACACACAAGCAUCCUCACCGAUUCGGCGGUACAUGGACAUCAUCUUGCAGAGACUUUUGCACGCUGUCAUAUGUGACAGGGAUGUACAAUACACUCAAACAGAGAUUAUGGCUUUGUGUAAUCAAUUUGAGCACGACCUCAAGAAUGCCAAGGAAUAUGAACAAAAGGCUGAGCAGAUCUCCUAUGCAGUGAGCAUGACAAAACAAAGUAAUUCAAAGCUAGCCUUUGUUGUUAGUGCAGAUCCUGAUAGAAAUAGUUUUGCAGUGUCAUUUCCUUUUAACAAGAACAUAUUUUCAGAGAGUUUAUCAAUUAUGUACAAAGAUUUACAAUUAGAGGACCAACCAUUUUAUGAUGGAACAAAUCACUGCAUCACUCUUAAAUGGAAAAAGCUGAUCUAUACUGCUGACACCAUGCAAAUUCAUCAAGAGUUGAAAAUGCCAGACUGUGGCCCCUGCAUUGAGCUUCCACUUACAAUAUGGAAAGCCACUGUUGAAGCAAUUGACAAAGAAAACUGGGAUCAUGCAAAGUUUCUCAUAACGGACACUAAUACAAAGCAGCUGGAAAAGAAAAAUAUUCUGCCACAAUCAACAGAGGUGCCUCAUCCCAAGACUAACACAUGUUCCUCUGAAGAGGUCCCAAAAGUACGAAGGAAGCAUGAAGUUGACAUCAAUCUCCAGUUGCAGCCAGGCGAUAUCCUUCAGAUCCAAAUGACAUCAGAGGUAAAAAGAGGUUAUAACAUGCCUGCUGUUCAGUUGGUGCACAUUAAACCAAAGUUUGACAUUUGUGUGGACCAUGUCCGGAGCCCUAUCACAUGCUUCUCCAGAUCUACAGAUGAUCCAUCAAAGAUUUAUUAUAGUGACACCAAGGAGUAUGUACGGAUCUGGAAACCACUGUGUGAGAUGGAAUCUGCUGCCUCUGCAGUGGAUGAAAGUGACAGCAUAAUCAUUGAGAACCUGGUGGUAAACUUCAGUCAAGAACAGGAAGGCACACUAACAGGAAGCUUCUUCUUACCUCAGGAGUGGAUCAAUGAAUGGGCCAUUGAAUGCAACCUCUCAAAGUGCUUACUGUGCAUACGGAAAAGAGGUCUGAAGUUGACUUCAACUCUGGAACAUUACACUCUGGUGGAUCCCAGAGAGUUUACAUGGGUGGCCCAUGGCAAAGUAGAACAAAAAAACUCUACAAAUAGAGGAAGUAAAGUGGAGUUCCGUGUCAAUCAUCUGCCGAUGGAAACCACUCCUGAGUGUGUCUUUCAGAAAAACACAUGUUUCACAGUUGAAAUAAUCCCAAAGCUCCUGCAUGACAUCCGGAAAGAAAAUGCUGUAGACAACAUUACAUCUGCAUGUGAUCUUGUGAAGACAAUAGCACUUGGACAAAACAUUCCAAAAGAGGUAAAAACAAGAUGGCCCAUCAUGAGGAAAGAGCUACCAAAUGGACUGCCAGACCUUAACCUGAGUCAACAUCUUGCUGUGGAGAAAGCUCUAAAUAAUACCUUCACACUGAUACAGGGACCACCUGGAACUGGAAAGACAGUAGUAGGCGUGUACAUAGUGUACUGUUUCUUUGAGCUGAACUCAAAGAAACCAAGGAAAUUUGAUGAUCCAAAUGAUGGGAACAAGAAACAAGUUAUUCUCUACUGUGGUCCAUCCAACAAGUCUGUUGACGUUGUUGCAGAGUAUCUGUUGAGGUUUGGGGACAGCCUAAGGCCCCUCAGGGUCUACAGCCAAAAAGUGGAGAUGCUUGAUUACCCUUGUCCAGACUGCACUCUUCAGUUUUCCCCGAGGUCGCUCUGCCAAGAUCGUUCCAAACCAGAACUCAGGUGCAUCGCUCUGCAUCACCGCAUGCGACAGGACCAAAAUCCUCAUUCAGGUCAAAUAAAAGAGUUUGACCAACGCAUUCAACUUGCCCUUGAGAAAAAAGGAGAGGAGCUGACUGCUCAGGAGGUGAAAAAAUACAAAAAACUUCUCAGAGAUGCUCGGACACAUGAGCUUGAACGGCAUGACAUCAUAUUGUGCACAUGCACACAGUCGUCCACCCUGAGCUUGACUCAGACUGUUGCUGCACGUCAGAUCCUCAUUGAUGAAUGCGGAAUGGCCACUGAACCUCAGGCCCUGAUUCCAUUAGUCUGCAACAAGCCAGAACAGAUUGUUUUGAUCGGUGACCACAAACAGUUACGACCCAUUGUGAAGAAUGAGCGUGUGAGGAGGCUGGGGAUGGCCAAGUCUCUGUUUGAACGCUACCAUACAAUCGAUGGGAACAAGGCAGUGAUGCUGGACACCCAGUACAGAAUGCAUAAGGACAUAUGCAAGUUCCCAUCAAAAGAAUAUUAUGAGGGAAAGCUGGAAACUGGGGUGGAGCAGCCGAGCAGCGUCCUGCGUGUUGAUGAGAGGACAAUGCCAAUCGUUUUUGGGGAUGUCAAAGGAAAGACCGUCAGUCUGGUUGUCAACACAGCUGAGGGCAACAAGAACUCUAAAGCAAACCAGGAAGAGAGAAACAAAGUGAUUGGCAUUGCUGAAAAGCUGGUGAAGAGUGCCAAAAUCGAACAGCAAAAUAUUGUGAUUCUGUCGCCCUAUAAUGCCCAAGUAUCAGAAAUAAGAGAUGAGCUGAAGAAGAAGAAAAUGGAUAAAAUCACUGUCACCACAAUCACGAAAAGCCAAGGAAGUGAAUGGCGUUAUGUCAUCAUAUCUACAGUGUGCUCUCUGCCAAGUGAAGAGAUUGAGAGGGAACCAGACAGAGCUUGGCUGUCCAAACAUCUGGGCUUUGUGGGUGAUCCCAACCAGAUAAAUGUGGGUAUCACCAGGGCCAAGGAGGGACUGUGCAUAAUUGGGAACCAAGAGUUGUUGAGCUGCAGUAGCGCUUGGAAAAAGCUCCUGGACCACUACAAGCUUCACAAAGCAGUGACAGAUGCAGACAAGAUUUCCGUUCAUUGUGCCAGAUAGCUGAUCUCAUCUAUUCUUUGUUUGGAGACUUGAUUUCAAUAAGCAGCAGAUAAGAGCUCCCCAA